UACCGAAUCUUGUGUGAAUUAGGGUUAGAAUUGGGCACUUACUCGUUAGUCAGAGAAAAAGGAAAAGAAAAGAAGAGGCGAAGGAAGUAACAGCGGGAGAGAUGUCGAAGAAGAAUAGCCUUUCUAAGCGGAAAGUACAGCACGAAUUUGAACUCAAAAGGGAGAAGGAAGAAAAAGAAAGGAAGGCAAAGAAGCUUCAUGCUAAGAAGAACAAGAUGAAAGUUGAUGGUGGUAAUAAGAAAAAGAAGGGCUCAGGUGGGUUUCAGGUAGGGAAGAGGAAAGUAAAGACCAAAUUGUCAGCAUUGGCCAAAGCUAAAGCUGAACAGGCUAUGGAAGUUGACAACUAAGGUUCGAUUCCAAAAGCUUUCAUUAUACUAAUUAGGAAGAGGAUAAUAGUGGUUCUAAAAUUUGUAAUUUAGAUGGGAAAUGUUUCGUAUUUUUAUUCCAUUGUUUUCAUUUGUCCUGAAAUGUUCACUUUUCUUCUAAUGAAAAAUAUUGAGUGAAAGUUAAA